CCAUGCAAGACCUCCCAUCUCCAUCUCCAUCUCCUUCUCCAUCUCCCUCUUCAUCUUCCUCAGCUUCAUACACUUCCUAUCUUCUUCUUCUUCCUCAAGAUUGAAUUGGACAAGCUUGGUUCUGUGAUUUGAAGCGGUUGGGAGCGGGUUUUGAGUUUGUACUGAGGUCGGGAUAUCGAGAAUAUUAUGAGGCCGUAUCCGGUUCGGAGAUAUGGGUUUGGGGACGCCCACGAGGCCACCCACCCCGACUCCAUGAGGGCCGCCCUGGCCGAGUUCCUCUCCACCUUUGUCUUCGUCUUCGCCGGCGCAGGCUCCAUCCUUGCCCUCGAGAAGAUGUAUCCGGAAACAGGAGAAACGGCAUCCAGGUGGAUCGUGAUAGCACUGGCCCAUGCUCUGGCUCUCUUUGCGGCAAUCUCGGCGAGCAUCAACGUGUCGGGGGGCCACAUUAACCCCGCUGUGACUUUCGGUGCCCUUGUCGGAGGGAGGAUCUCAAUCAUCCGAGCAAUCUACUAUUGGAUCGCUCAGCUUCUCGGUGCCGUGGUGGCCUCCCUCUUGCUCAGGCUGGUGACAAAUAACAUGAGGACAGGAGGUUUCGUGUUGGCCUCGGGAGAAGGUGAGGUACGCGCACUGCUCUUUGAAGCCAUCAUGACUUUUGGCCUAGUCUACACAGUGUACGCAACAGCAAUCGACCCCAAGCGUGGGAGCCUUGGGAUCAUAGCGCCCCUUGCAAUCGGGUUCAUCCUUGGGGCAAACAUCCUGGUGGGGGGGCCGUUUGAGGGGGCGGCCAUGAACCCAGCCAUUGCUUUCGGGCCAGCCCUGGUGGGCUGGAGGUGGAGGCACCACUGGGUCUACUGGCUUGGCCCGUUCCUGGGGGGAGGGUUGGCGGGGCUGAUCUACGAGUACAUGGUGAUUCCCACUGAGAGCCCGCCGAUCCACACCCAUCACCAGCCCUUGGCUCCCGAGGAUUACUGAGCUGAGAUAAGUUCCACUGAGCCGAAAUAAGUUCCUAUAUGUAAUAAAUUUUCUUCAGGACUUGGUUCUUAGGAUUGUGUUCAUGGUUUUGCUUCUAUUCUAAGAUGGCGAGUCUUUUAUUUUGGAUAUGUUUGUAUGAUAGGAAACUCCUGUGGACUUUGAUUGUGGGUUUAUAGACUAUUUUAAGUUGCUUUUA